AAGACAGAGGGGCAACCUCAAAAUAUUUUUAUCCUCUGUCUUUGUGUGAUGUCACCAGUGGUAGAACUGUUGUAAUUGACUUGGUGGGGGGUGAUGGCGUCAUUUCGUGCCCUGGUGUACCCUCCCGUGCUCGAAAGUAGAAGGGAGAAGCAUCUUUAGCAGAGGCGAUCGUGGCUCCCAGGGCCGGGCUCGAGUACCGCCAAGCCGGACACCUCACGCCGGAAAAUAUGGAGGCUGUGGCCGAGGAGCUGCGGGCCGGCUCUCGGAUUCCUGUCACUGUUGAUCAAAUAGUUAACGAUACACUAGUAGUGACGCUUACUUAUCAAGAAAGGUGCUACAUGGGGAUAUUACUCGAUUGCAACAAAAAGACUGGGCUUUUCUGCCUACCGGAUAUCACAACAAAGCCAGUGGAAUGCCCUGCAUUGAAACCUGGUUGUGAAAUCCCUGAAGUCCUGAGAGAGGAACCUGUUACUAAACCUCCCAGCCAGGCUUCACAUCAUAGACCAAAGGAUGAAAACACGCUCCCUGAAAAUGACCCACUAGGUGCCCGACUCCCAGCCCCUCUGCCCACAACAGUGCCUGCCGGGCACGGUCCAUACCCUCCAUAUUUUGAAGGAGCUCCCUUCCCUCAGCCCAUUUGGGUGCGCCACAGCUAUGGUCAAUGGGUACCUCAGCCACCUCCGCGGACCAUUAAAAGGAAGAAGAGGCGGACCCGAGAGCCCGGGCAGAUGACCAUGAGCACCAUCAGACUCCGCCCCCGGCAGGUGUUGUGCGAGAAGUGUAAGAACACACUGAACAGUGACGAGGACAGUAAGGACGGGAUGCCCACAACCAAGGCUUCCAGGAAAGAGAAUGCUCCACAGAGCGAUGAAGACUCCAAAGACGGGUCUGUGAAGUUGACCAGGAAAGAGGAUGCAGAUGCCACCAAGGAUAACAGCAAGAGGCGGGAGAAUGGCCCCACCGGCUAUGACAGCAAGCGGCUCCGGAAGGACAAGAGGGAUGAGGAACCAAAGUUCCCUGCAGUGGACAUCAUUCCCCACAGCCCGGUCAUCAAGAUCUCCUACAGCACUCCGCAAGGCAAGGGCGAGGUGAUGAAGAUCCCAGCUCGGGUCCACGGCUCUGUCAAGCCCUUCUGCCCUAAGCAGCUGAUGCAAAACGGCCUAAAAGGCCAGCUGGGCAAGGUGCCCGAGCCCACCACCCUAACCCAGACCCAGGAGCAGCGCCACAUCCUGGACGCCACCAGGACGGGCCUGACCGUGUCCAUUCCCAAACUCAAGCUCCCCAGACCGCCAACGGCCGGCCUGGACUUCCCCUCCCCCAAGAUUCGAGUGAGGACCCUGGGGGACGGAGAGGACAGCCUGACGGUCUACGAUGCAGAGCUGGUAGAGAGGCAGAGCAGAAAGGGCCUCGGGGUCCCGGUCCCUCGUCCCCUGCCCCACUCGGAGGACUCUGGGGAGAAAACCCCCAUGGAGCUGUGGUCGGGGAGCUCUGGAGAGGAGGCAGACCGAGGCCAAAGUGACCUUGCGCUGCUCAUCAACCUUCGCAAGAGGAAAGCGGACUCCUCCAGCCUGUCCGUGUGCAGCACAGACAGUCUAGACGAAUCCAAAUCCUUCAGCUCAGAUGGCACGUCCCCAGAGCUGUGCGACCUAGCGCCCGGCGAGCACAUCUCCUCCAUGUCCUCCUCGAUCUCACAAGACGACAGCAAGACUGUGCCGCCACUCACCGUGCGCCUGCACACACGUAGCAUGACCAAGUGCGUGACGGAGGAGGGCCACGCGGUGGCCGUGGGAGACGUCGUGUGGGGGAAGAUCCAUGGGUUCCCCUGGUGGCCGGCGAGGGUGCUCAGCAUCAGCGGCAGCCGCAAAGAGGAAUCUAACUGCGAGGUCCAGUGGCCAGAGGCCAAGGUGGCCUGGUUCGGCUCGCCCACUACCUCCCAGCUGUCCGUUGCCAAACUCUCCCCCUUCCGGGAGUUCUUCAGGUCGAGAUUCAACCGCAAGAAGAAAGGGAUGUACCGGCGAGCCAUCGUGGAAGCUGCCAAGGCCGUGGGCCACAUGAGCCCCGAGAUCACCUCUCUACUCACCUCUCACUGCGAAACGUAGAGGCUGAAGGCGGAAGAAUGGUCUUCUGUCAGAGGUUGCAGAUCUCUGACUCUUUGAGUCAUCUAUCCCCAGGAGAGAGAGGGAGCGUGUGCAGUUUCCACGGUCACUAUUUAUACAGCAUUUUCCCAACCCCACAUGGCUGGAGGAAAAUGGCUGCUCAGGUGGAAUGUUGUUGACUGGAUAAGGGAGCAAGAAAGGGCAAUUUUGAGGCAUCUCAUGGACGACACGGAACAAUUCCUCAAUUUUGUAUUUUUUAUUUUAUUUUUUAGAUGUAACCACAUUUCAAUAGAACUGAAUAGCAACAUACUACAAAUCAGAAUGUAUUUAUUAUCUGUAACCAUUUAUUAUCCAUAACGAUUUAAGUUGACCGUUCUACAAUCCCAUGAGAUCUCUAUACUGCUGCUUUUGUGAACGGUCCUCUCGACCGAUUGGUCGCGAAGCGGUUCAACGACAGCCAGUCAGAGGACCUUGUCAGGUCCAUUCAGUCCCAGUGCCAUCCUCAUCGGAAGCCCAGCAACUCUUCUUGAAUAGACCAGGAAGCAUAUCCACAACAUUUCUGGUGAAAAGUCUUACUCUUAAAGUUCAUUACUUUCCAAAUAUGAAACUGUGAAACUGUUCCAUCCAGAGAUAGUACUGUAGUUUAUUCUAUCAUACAGUGUUUCAUCUUUGUAGCCUUCUUCAGCGUUGCUAGUUGGAUACGUCGAUGUAACGUUAUUUAUACGUUGUUUUGUUGUUUUUUCAAACGUUUCUCUCUUCCAUUUCAGUUUGGUUUGAAUACUUCAGAAGUGUGGUAUCUAUGGGUUAUUUGUGAGCGAUCCCAGAGUUAAUUUUGACUCACUUUUAAUUAUUUGUGUCAUGUAAAGAAAAGCACUUUAUCUGUACCUUUUGUGGCCUGCUGUAAGUUCAUUGUCCGAACACUAACUGGAGUUACAGCACUGACAGGCAGCGAGAGUUCAAAAGUCCCACGUUGACUAUCCAUGGCCUUGGAGAUGUACUUUUUUUAAAGUUUUGGGAUGCCAGAGAUUGAUCCUUUCAGGGGUGGUUGUGUACACUGUAUUCUUGCAUUUUUGUCUCCGGUGUGUCUUUGUACAUUCUCUCAACCCACCCCAGUUCUAUCCCCGUCAAAUGUUUCCACUGGAGAGAGUGGACAAAAGUGUCAAACACUAUGCAUCAAUUAAAGCUUUAUGGUCACUCAGAAAUGCUGUAAGAAUACUGUGAAUUCAACUCUUUUGAGUGUGCGUGUGAAGGUGUGGGGAGAUGGGUGGCUGCUCACUACUGGCUACAUGUCUGGAGAUGGAGAAGACUGCAGGAUCGACCUUUAUUGAUCUUAGUUGAAAGCAGCACUUUUGGAAUGUAGGGGGGAAGGAAGGGGAGUCGGGACAUAUACUACAUGGCCAAAAGUAUAGGGACAUUCUUGGAAUUGGUGUAUUCUGCUAUUUCAGCCACAGCCGUUGCUGACAGGUGUAUACAAUUGAGCACACUGCCAUGCAAUCUCCAUAGACAGACAUUGUCAGUUGAAUUGCCUUACUGAAGAGCUCAGUGACUUUCAACGUGGCACCGUCAAAGGAUAAUACCUUUACAACAAGUCAGUUUGUCAAAUUUCUGUCUUGCUUUAGCUGCCCCGGUCAACUGCAAGCGGUGUUAUUGUGAAGUGGAAACAUCUAGACGCAACAAUGGGUUUCCACGGCCGAAGAGCCACGCACCAGCCUAAGAUCAUAAUGCGCAAUCGCAAGAGUCUGCUGGAGUGAUGUAAAGCUUGAUGACGUUGGACUCUGGAGCAGUGGAAAUGCUUUCUCUGAAGGGACGAAUCACGCUUCACCAUUUGACAGUCCGGUGGACGAAUCUGGGUUUGGCGGAUGCCAGCAGAACGCUACCUGCCCCGGUGCAUAGCGCCAACAAGUUUGGUAGAGGAGGAAUGAAGGUCUGGGGCUGUUUUUCAUGGUUAGCCCCGCAACAGUUUGGGGAAGGCCCUUUUCUGUUUCAGCAGGACAAUGCCCCUGUGCACGAAGCGAGGUAAAUACAGAAAUGGUUUGUCAAGAUCGGUGUGGAAGAACUUGCCUGGCCUACACACCCAGACAUCAACCCCUUCGAACACCUUUGGGAUGAAUUGGAACGCCAACUGCGAGUCAGGCCUAAUCGCACGACAUCCGUGCCCAACCUCACUAAAGCUCUUAUGGCUGAAUGGAAGCAUGUUCCAAUAUCUAGCGGAAAGCCUUCCCAGUAUAGCAGCAAAGGGGGGACCAACUCUAUAUUAAUGCCCAUGGUUUUUGGAAUUAGAUGUUCGACAAGCAGGUGUCCACAUACUUCUGGCCAGUGUCGGUAGUUCAGUAGGCCCCAAACGGAAUAAAAAAGCAAGGACUACCUGUACUUGUCCUAUAAGAAAUUGCUUAUUUUAAUUUUCUGUUGCAAAAUGUUUUCCGUUGCAAGCCCCAAUGAACACAACCAAGAGCUCCUGAUGCGUUUUUUUUCCAUUUUGAAUCCCUUUGGUUUUUGUUGACUCUUUAGGAGUGGGAAAGGAGAGAGUGCUGAGCUCCUUUCACCUGUUUUAUGAUUAAGAUGGAAGCGGAUGUCAGGAAAUUUUGUGUUUUGAUGAGCAACAUGGCUGUCUGCUGUUGCCCUCGUUGGUCAAUGGUAUUGGCCAUUUUCAGUUUUUUUGUAUAUGUACUGUACGUAAAAUAAAAUAUACAGGCAAUA